AAGGAGUACUCAGAGUACUGGAAUAUUAUAGACCACAGGUGGAGACAUCUUCGGCACCAUCCUCUUCACGCUUCAGGCUUUUACCUCAAUCCCAGGUUCUUCUAUAGCACCGAGGAGGAUGUGCAACAUCGUAUUAGGUCACUAGUAUAUGAUUGUGUAGAGAAAUUGGUUCCCGAUCCAAAUGUUCAGGACAAAAUUGUUAUAGAGACUACUGCUUACCAAAAAGCCGCUGGAGAGUUUGGACGGGAUAUGGCAAUUCGUGCUAGAGAGACUCUACUUCCUGGUGAGUGGUGGUCAGCAUUCGGUGGAGGCUGCCCGAAUUUGGCUCAGUUUGCCAUCCGAAUUCUCAGUCAGACGUGUAGUUUGAUAAGCGGGAAGCCAAGCAGAGAUCUUUCUGAGUGGAUAAACAGAACAACGAACUGCUUAGAGCAUCGAAGGCUCAACGAUCUUGUUCUUGUACAGUCCAAUUUACGCCUGAGGGGAGAAAUGAACAGAGCACAGAGUCAUAUGGAUCCCAUUGCAUAUGAAAACAUAGCACUUGCAGGAGACUGGGUUUCAGGGAGGGAGCUAUUCCCAGGGGAAUUGGGGUGUACAGAUUGGACCGUGGUCGAUCCGCCAUUGGGCAACGGGGUGCUCUCGGGGCCAGAAAUCGAUGACGCUGAAGCAUUGGGCUCAGGGUUUAAGGAUCAUGAAGUUCUGGAUUUUUGAUGGGGUGAAAGAUUGUGAAGAAGAUUUGCUUCCAGCGACAAGGGGUUCGUUCCCAGCCACGAAUAUUAGAAGUUUGGGUUUGACAUUAGUUAUUUGUGCGUAGAAGUGUACAUUAUUGACUUGAUUUACCUUCUCAUAGGGUUCAAGAUAUAGUUUGACGAAGCCGAGAAAUUAAAAAAUAAAAUAAUAAAAAAUGUAUAGUGGGUUUACCCAUACCAUUUUUGUAUAGAGUAUUAUUAGAUGCAUAAAAAGCAUAUUAUAUAGUAUGAACUCGUUUUAUAUUGUAAAAUUUUCAAGUCGAGACAAUUUGAAAUGUAAAGUUAUUCUUAUGGUUAA